AUGGCGAGCACUCCGCCAGCUUCGCCUAUCCACCAGCGGCCCUCGUCCACCAUCUUCAAGCCGUCCAGGAGCAGCAGCAGACUGAGCAUGAGCAGCAAGACGGGACUGGGUAGCCGCGCCUCGGAUGAGGACUCGCGCACUGCUGUCCGUGUCGCUGUCCGCAUCCGACCUCCUCUGCAGCCGUCAGAUCCCGGCUACGACUUGAUACCCCAACGCUUCCAGCGCUCCAUGGUCCAGACCUCCUCCGACACCAGUCUAUCCAUAGAAUCUCCCCAGGGCCGCAAGCUCUUCGUCUUUGACCGCGUAUUUGGCCCCGACGUCGAGCAGGAUGGCAUCUGGGACUACCUCGCCGACUCGGUCAACGCUUUUGCCCAGGGCUACAAUGUGUCGCUCCUUGCCUACGGUCAAUCCGGUGCCGGAAAAUCAUACACAAUGGGCACGUCUGGCCCUCUAGAUCAGCAAGACGAUAAAAUGAUGGGUGUAAUACCUCGCGCCGCCACAGCUCUUUUCGCCAAGCUAGAAUCAUUAUACGGCAAAAACGAUGGCUCACUGGGCUCGCUCGGACAUCUUCGUGGCAGCCAAUUUCUAUCGCAGCUCAAGAACCCACGUGGGUAUGCCCAGCAAAAUCCUCUCGGUGACCGCAACUGGUCCCUGAAGGCCACUUACGUGGAAAUCUACAACGAACAGCUCCGAGAUCUCCUAACCCCCGAAGCGACACCGCUUGGUGAACGCUCUAAUGUCGCCAUCCGCGAAGACACAAAAGGCAACAUCAUAGUCACCGGUCUCCACCAGGUCCAGAUCGAGUCUGCCGACGACCUCAUGAAUGCCCUUGCUAUGGGCUCGACCAUUCGCCAAACCGACGCCACCGCCAUUAAUGCCAAGUCCUCACGCUCACAUGCUGUUUUUUCAUUAAACCUGGUCCAGAGACGCAGCAAGACGCAAACCAACCCCGCUGACAAGCGAUUUUCCGUCCCCAUUGAGGCCAUGACGGGACAGGAAGUCUCCAUCACUACGGAUAGCAAAUUGCAUUUCGUCGAUUUGGCUGGCAGUGAGAGACUCAAGAAUACUGGUGCGCAGGGCGAGAGAGCCAAGGAGGGAAUCUCGAUCAACGCUGGGUUGGCAUCUCUUGGAAAAGUCAUUAGCCAGCUGUCAUCUCGCCAAAGCGGCUCACACGUGUCGUACCGUGAUUCCAAGCUCACGCGCCUUCUUCAAGACUCGCUUGGUGGCAAUGCCAUCACCUAUAUGAUUGCUUGCGUCACCCCAGCCGAAUUCCACCUGAGCGAAACUCUCAAUACCGUUCAGUAUGCCCAGCGCGCCCGCGCUAUUCAGUCUAAGCCCCGCAUUCAACAAGUCGAAGAGGGCGACCGGCAAGCCGUCAUUGACCGUCUCAAGGCUGAAGUUAACUUCCUCCGCGAACAGAUUCGCAACUCUCAGAACGGCGAAUCCGGCCCCAAAGGCUCGGGCGCUGGCUCAUCCGAGCGCACAGAGCGCGACAAGGAGCGGGAAGCCGAAAUGCAGAAUCAGCUUCUUGACAUGCAGGAAAACUACAGUGCCCUCAGCCAGCGCCACGCGCGCUUAAUCGCCGAGAUGGCCAAGGCCGGUGACAAGGAGUCUGCGCUCAGGGAAGCCUCGGAUUCGACACAAGUUAAUAGCGCUACCGACAGACUGAACCGCUCCAACUCCUUUGCUCAGGCCGUCGAGCAGGUCGUUCUCGAGUACGAAAAGACAAUUGAGUCGCUCGAGCAAUCUCUUUCCAGUACCCGAAGCACGCUCUCCACUACCGAGACUUCACUGCUUGAGAGAGAGACCAAGCUGGCCUACAUUGAAACCAUUAAUACACAGCUUCAGUCCCGAGUCCAGAAGCUGAUGGAUCGCGAAGCCAACACAGAAUCCUACCUCCACGACCUCGAAUCUAAACUAGACGGCCACAGCACCGGCGACGAAAAGAAUGCUUCCGUUAUUAUUGACCUGCGCAAGGAAAUCGCCCGUGCACGCGAAAACGAGGCUUCAUGCGAGGAUUACAUUUCGACUUUGGAAGAACGCCUCGCCGAGGCUGAUCAGGACGGCGAGCUGAUGCAACGCGAGAUUGAUCGCCUCGAGCAAAUCAUUGAGCGCCAGCGCAGUCUGGGCAAGCUUGAUUCUCUACUCUAUGAGCUUGAUCAUGUCGAGGAGUUGAAGCAGCCUCAAGCUAACGGAUCCCACGAGAAUGCCCGUCGCGGGUCUGCUGACCACUCCCGAAAGCUCUCCCAUAUUCGCACACAGAGUCAGAUUAACGAAACGAUUCACGAGGAUGACGAGGACGCCGACGCUGUUGAAUCUCGCGCCAGUACUGUUAGGGAGGAAAUAUACGAAGAUUCCGUCGAACACGUAAGCCGCCAGGUUGGGACUCACGAAGUUUCUGAUGGCGACGCUUCCGUAAAGGCCGCACAAAGCCCGGCUCAGACUAGAUACGUCUCAGAUAAACUCGAGACUGUCACGCAGGAGCUGGUUGACCUCCGCGUCGAGCAUGAAGCGACCGUCAACGAUUACGAUGCCCUGCAGGUCAAGUACGAAGUCGCGAUGCAGAAAAUGGCCACGCUGCAAGAUGCUGUCGAUGAAGCCCGCCACAUCCGUCCCGUCCGCGACUCCAUUGUCUCGGAAGGCUCGUCCAACCAUAGACACUCGUUCCGCUCCUCCGUCGAAUCCCAGAUUGCCAAGGAGGGCGCCCGCUCUUCUGCUUCCCGUUCUCUGUCAUCUGAGCUUUCUUCGGCCAUAGAGUCGGCUGAUACAGCAGAUACUUCGGCCCAUGAAGACAUGGUCGAGGACGAUGACACGGCCACCACUAAGCCUGACGCCUCUAGCGACGACGCGACACAGAGCGAAUUGACUGGCGAAUUAACACAAGAAUUGGAGCGUCUCAAGCAGCUUGCCGAUGAUAGGGAAGAGGCUGCCAGGGAGCUCGCCGCUAAAUAUGCGCAGCUUCAGUCUACCCACAGCGAGACCUUGGACACGGUUGAGGAACUCAAGACCGAUCUGUCCAAGGCACGCGCUGUCGAAGCUACCUCGCCUCGUACUUCCAGCCCUGUCAUCCGUCGCAAAUCGAGCCAGAACCUCCUCAUCAUCGACCGAGCUCACCGCUCCUUUGCCUCCUUGCGUAACAUUGCCAGCGAAAAUUUCGAGACCCGCCCGGAAGUAAUGCAAAAUUUCGAGCUGAACCUCAACGCCGCCAUGCAUGAGCUUCACACCCGCAGUGAGCGCAUCCAGGAGCUCGAGGCUUCCGUCGCGUCAACAAAGAAGGAAAUGGAGACUAAGAUGACCAUCAUCUCUGGCCUGACUCGUGAGCGCACCAGCUUGAAGGCCAGCCCCAUGGACAUGUCCAUGGUUGCAACUCUGCGACAGAAGCUUGAACAGAACGAGAAGCAGCUGGCCGAGAUGGGCGAAGCUCAUAAGCAACGAGAGCAGACUCUGCUAGCUGAGUUGACCCAGCUACGCACCGAGUAUGAGCAGAGCCAGGCUAAGCACAGAGACGGUGCUGACGCAGCUGCUGUCGACAAAGACAAGCAGGUUACCUCUCUGCAAUCUGAGCUUUCUGCCUGGGAGACGAAACACAGCACUGUCCUUGCUUCUAUGCAAGCCACUGAGACGGAGUUUCGCAACACCAUCCUUGGCCUAGAAGCCGAACUCGCCGCGGCAACCGUCAAUCUCGAAAAGGUGAAGGCUGCCUCCUCUGCCGAUUUCGACACCAUUGCCAACAACGAGCGCAAGCACCAAGACCUUGUCAGCUUUCUGCGCAGUGAGAUUGAUGAGUAUAAGAAGCUCAUCUAUUCGAACUCUGCUCGGGUUACUGAGCUCGAACAGGCGCAUGUCGCUACCAAGUCUGAGCUAGAGGAGAUGUUGACCUCGCAUAGCACCGCCGCAGCUCAGGCUAGGCAGAGUGAGGAACUUGUCGCCGAAUUGCAAGCGCAAAUUUCCAAUUUCGAGGGCACUUCCAAGUCGCACAAGGAGGCCCUUGACGAGUUGGCGGCUACGCAUACCAAGGAACUAGCCGAGAUGAAGGCUCACGAACAAAAGGGUUACGAAGAGCAGAUGGAGGUCCUCCUGACUGAGCACCACGAAUCGACUCGCAAGCUCGAAGCUGAGGUCAAUGACGCUCGUGAGGACUUGAUGAAGGUCGCGACGCAGGUUGCCACCGCGCUGGGACUGGAAGUCAGCAUUGAGAAGCUUACUGAGCGCAUUGAUGGCCUAGUCAACGACCAGAAGCUGCUGCAAGCUGAGCAGAGCAAGUCGACCGAGAUGCAGCAGCAUGUGACGGAGCUCACCGCCAUUAACGAGACCAUUAUGCAUGAUUUGGAGGAAGUCAAGGCCAAACUUGCUGAGCUGUUGGCAGGACCCGUGGCGGAGACGGAAGCCAAGGAUGCUGCGGCGCCUGGAUCCAUCAAGGACCAAAUCGCUGCCGUCAAGAGCAAGAUGGAUGACCUGGAAUCCAAGAACACGAAGCACAGCCGUCUGGUCGAAGAGCUAGAGGAGCAGCUCCAGAACAACUUUGAUGAGGCACAGAUGACGAACAAGCGCCUCAGCUCUCUGCAGACGGAGCGCGCGGCGCAGAUCGAAGAGGUCAAUGCUGCCAGAGCUAAACUGCAGACAGAAUUGGACACGCUUCGACUCGAGUACAAUUCGCUGCAGGCUAAGCUGUCGGAAGGCGAAGCCAAUGGGGAGGUACGCCGCUCAAACUCUGGCUCGACAAUCCGCAAGGCUGCCUCGCACAACUCGCUGCCUUCACCGCCGCCUGCCAUUCCCCUUCCGCCUCUGCCGGGCUCUGCAAACUCGUCCAUUAACGGUGUACCCGCGUCGCCGCCUAGCCGCCCUCUAAGCAAGGACAACAUGAACAUCUCGCAGAUUACUGAGGAUCAGGAGGCUCGCAUCCGCACCAUCGAAAAGCACCUGUAUGCGGAGCGCCAACUCACACAGACUUUGGAAGAGGCUCUAAGCGAUCUCGAGAAGCAGUCCAAGAAGGUCAAGACGGACUGCGACGCCUGGAGGAAACGUGCGUCUGAUCUAGAGCUGGAGGUCAAGGAGCUCAAGGAACGGCCGGUAGAGUCCGUGCAGGACCAGCGCUGGAGCAUGCAGGCUGUUGAAGAGGAGCGCAAGAAGCGAUUCCAAGCGGAGCAAGCCCGAAAGCAGCUGGAAGAGAGGAUGAACGCUAUCAAGAAGGGCAAGAAGAAGAAGGGAAGCUUGAACUGCUUCUAG